AUGGCACAAGGGAUUCAACUUGAUCGAGCAAAUUUCUGCUGCUUAAUCUGUCUGGAUCUACUGAAUGAUCCAGUGACUGUUCCUUGUGGUCACAGCUACUGCAUGACCUGCAUCAAGGACCACUUUGAUGAACAGAAUCAUAGGGGGAUGUUCAACUGUCCUCACUGUAGGCAGACCUUCAUACCGAGGCCUGCCCUGGUAAAAAAUCCCAUGAUAGCAUGUGUAGUGGAGGAGCUGAAGAAGACUGGACUCCAAGCUGCUCCUGCUGAUCACUGCUAUGCUGGACCUGAAGAUGUGGCCUGUGAUUUCUGCACUGGGAGAAAACUGAAAGCUGUCAAAUCCUGUUUGAUGUGUCUGGUCUCUUACUGUGAGCAACACCUCCAACCUCAUCUUCAAUUCACAUUUGAAAAACACAAGCUGGUGGAGCCCUCCAAGAAGCUCCAGGAGAACAUCUGCUCUCGUCAUGAUGAGGUGAUGAAGAUGUUCUGCCGCCCUGAUCAGCAGUGUAUCUGUUAUCUCUGCUCUGUGGAUGAACAUAAAGGACACGACACAGUCUCAGCUGCAGCAGAAAGGACUGAGUGGCAGAGAGAGCUCCAGCUGAGGCGACAACAAAUCCAGCAGAGAAUCCAGGACAGAGACAAAGAUGUGAAGGUGCUUCAACAGGAGUUGGAGGCUAUCAAUGGCUCUGCUGAUAAAGCAGUGGAGGACAGUGAGAAGAUCUUCACUGAGCUGAUCCGUCUCAUGGAGAAAAGAAGCUCUGAUGUGAAGCAGCAGAUCAGAUCCCAGCAGGAAACUGAAGUGAGUCGAGUCAAAGAGCUUCAGGAGAAGCUGGAGCAGGAGAUCACUGAGCUGAAGAGGAAAGACGCUGAGCUGAAGCAGCUCUCACACACAGAGGAUCACAACCAGUUUCUACACAACUACCCCUCACUGUCACGACUCAGUGAAUCUACAGACUCAUCCAGCAUCAAUAUCCGUCCUCUGAGCUACUUUGAGGGUGUGACAGCAGCUGUGUCACAGCUCAGAGAUAAACUACAGGACAUUCUGAGAGACACAUGGACAAACAUCUCACCGAGAGUGGAUAUUUACCAGUCCCAACCAGAGCCCAGGACCAGAGCUGAAUUCUUAAAACAUGCAUGUGAAAUUACACUGGAUCCAAACACAGCAAAUACACAUCUGUCAAUAUCGAAGGGAAAAAGAGAGGUAGCAUACAUGAGAGAAGAACAGAAAUAUUUUCUUCAUCCAGAAAGGUUUGCAUAUUCCUGGCAGGUCCUGAGUAGAGAGAGUCUAACUGGAUGUUGCUACUGGGAGGUGGAGAGGAGUGGGAGAGGAGUUUUAGUAGCAGUCGCAUACAAGAAUAUCAGCAGAGCAGGGGAAUUCAGUGAAUGUGUCUUUGGACAAAAUGACAAGUCUUGGGCAUUAGAUUGUUUCAAAAAUAGCUAUGAAUUCAGGCAUAGCAACAUAAAAACUCCGAUCAAAGGCACGUUGUCCUCGAGAGUAGGAGUGUACCUGGAUCACAGUGCAGGUGUUCUGUCCUUCUACAGCGUCUCUGAAACCAUGACUCUCCUCCACAGAGUCCAGACCACAUUCACUCAGCCUCUCUAUGCUGGACUUUGGGUUUCAGAAGGAGCCACAGCUGAGGUUUGUAAGCUCAAAUAGA